AUGUCUGAAAGUAGGAGCAAGGCGACCUUCUAUCGUGCGCUUGAAGAUCUCGACGACCCUGAUGAGACGUCAGACGACGAGGAUUCGCUUGAGCGUCUUCUGACACGCUGUGUACCUGCGAAAUCGUCAGAACGACGUGGACUCAUUUCUCCCCGCGUUCAUCAAUUAUCGCUCACUCGAGCAAACACUGCCCCUCUGCCGUUGGAAACCAGCGAAAAGAUCUCUGGUGGUGACCAUGCUCGUAACUCAACCUACCGACAACAGGAUGCGAGCUCCGAGAUUAGCUUGAGGACUAUCACACGAACUCAAACUACUAGCGCUAUGCCGAGCAUCACAAAAACUGCCAAGAGGGGGGAACGCCCGGCCUCAAAGAAGCAACGGACGAACAGUGUCAUUAAAUUCGUACCAGAGGAGCAGCGAAUCUUCAAAAACCUUGUCAUCUUCUUCUUUCCCAAUAAUGACAUUUCACCUUCGCGUCGACUUCGAAUCCAGCGAGCGCGCGAAUUCGGCGCUCACUGGGUAACAGAGUGGGUGAACAGCAUUACGCAUGUAGUCAUAGACAAGGACUUGACUUGCUCUGAUCUUAUGAAGUUUCUUGGGCUUGAGUCUCUGCCGGAUAAAGUCGUACUUGUGAACGAGACCUACCCUCCAGAAUGCAUACGAUUUCGCUCCGUUUUGUGCCCCAUGCAGAAUCGUUUCCAGGUAGAGGGAGGUCCUGGCUCUAAGCCUCAAGAUGCUUCAACUGCGGAAUUACCGAACUCAACCGAGCAAGAGCAAAGCUCGUCAGGUUCCCUGGCUCUCAAGGCACCAAGAAAGGAGAAACAGCAAACACCGGAGCCAGCACGGUCUCAGCUGCUAGAGCGUGUAGAGGAUAGCCGGCAAUCCCUGAAAGUGGUAGCAGGCCCAAACGCCGGACUCAAGUCGAUCGAGGGCGAGUCUGCCUGCCAGACCGAUGCGCUGGACGACCUGCUAGCAGCGGCCCGCUCGACUAGCCGUCUGGCCCUUGAUCUUAUGGAGUCGACAGAUGAUGAAGCCAGCGAAUCUGAGAGGGAAGCCGACCCACGGGCUCUCCAUUAUUCACAUGAACCGGAAGCAACGACGGCCGUGCCCAGUAAUGAUAAAUGGGCGCGCAGCUUUGCUUGCAUGCAAAAAUGCACUACUGGCUCAAAGAUUGAGAGCCCCAACAAACGCACUCUUGAAGCUCUGCAGCAGAUGCUGGACUACUACUCUCGAACUGGAGAUCAUUGGCGGACACUUGCUUAUCGCAAGGCCAUCAACGCCCUUCAGGGACAAUCCAAAAAGGUCACUUCAGCAAGACAAGCUCUUCUCAUUCCCGGGAUUGGCGCUCGAUUGGCGGACAAGAUCGAGGAGAUCGUUCUCACAGACCAUUUACGUCGCCUCGACAAUGCUCACGAAAGUAAAGAGGAUAAAAUUCUCCAGCAGUUCUUGGGUAUUUACGGAUGUGGCAUAGCGCAGGCCUCCAAAUGGGUCGCACAAGGUUACCGCAGCCUUGCCGAGCUCCGAGAGCGAGCGCCUUUGACCACAAAUCAGCUCAUUGGCAUCGAGCGAUACGACGACUUUGCUCAACGUGUACCCCGCAAAGAGGUGGAAGCCCACGCAGCCGUUGUCCAGCAGGCAGCACGGUCAGUGGACAAUAGAUUGCAGGUAAUUAUUGGAGGUUCCUACCGUCGCGGUGCACCUGAUUCCGGUGACAUUGACUUGCUCAUCACGGAUCCACAAGCCACCUUGACGCAGAUUCGAUCCGUCGUUCUCGAUAGUGUGGUCCCCAUGCUUUUCGAAAGUGGGUUCUUGCAAGUUGGCCUCCAGACCUCUCGACAGAACGGCCAUGGAUCGAAAUGGCAAGGGGCGUCGAAGCUCCCAGGGAGCCAGGUUUGGCGGCGCCUGGAUCUGCUUUUUGUGCCCGGAGCGGAGUUCGGCGCGGCCUUGCUUUACUUCACAGGCAACGAUCUCUUCAAUAGGAGCAUGCGUCUACUUGCGCGCAAAAAGGGCAUGUGCCUGAAUCAGCGAGGGCUAUUCACAGGCGUCCUGCGCAACGGACAAGUGAAAGUAAACAACGGUCGACUGCUUGAGGGUCGCGAUGAGCGACGGAUCUUUGAGAUACUGGGUGUCCCUUGGCGAUGGCCUGAACAGCGCAGUGAUUGCCGCCUCCUCUCCACCAACUUGGCCACCUCACCGCCUCCCUCUCUCUCUUUCCUUCCCUCUCCAAACCCCGUUUUCUGUUUCUGUUUACCGCCUGCCUCUUUCCUCGUCCUCGUCACCCCUGAAGCUCUUCACCGGCUUUCCCCCUCCAUCACCGCCUUCACCUCCUCUCACUUCUCUGCCAUCACCGCCUUUUCAUCCAUCUCGCUAUCCCCCCAUCACCUCAUCACCGCCUUUUCAUUCCAUCACCGCCUCCCGUGCGGUGAAGCCUCAUCGCCUUCUCGAUCCCCUGUGAACCCCCAGACCGCCCUCUACUGCCCCCUCAGUUUUGCCCGCAUAUCACCAAAAGAAAACCGCUCGCGUCGAGUCGGCUGUGCCUGGCUCCUUGGCCUGCCCUCGCCCGUCGAGGCCGUCGCCCGCUACGUCGGAUUGACGCGUUGUGUUGAGCCCGAGUUUCUGCCCUUCCCCCCCCCCCUCUUCCUCAUCCGUAUCGCGCGUUGCUCUGUGGCCGAGGCCAUCACGAGUGAUCCGAGAUCAGUUCACGACCUCGACGGUGCUACCAAAAGGCGAUCGGAGUCGCCGGCGAUUGUUGCCGGCCCCCGACGCGUCCGCGAGAGUCCCGUGGCUCUAAACCCCCACCUUCUUCACACAAACACACCGAAACGUUCCCCGGACCUACACCGGUUCUUCUCUACUACCACCACGAUGGGUCGCAAGCCCAAUCAACUUAUCCUCGAAUUCUUCACCCGAGGCCCGAAACUCGAGGAUUCUAGCAACCGUUACCAGCAUACAUGCAAAGCGUGCGGCGAAAAGUUUCCCAAGGGCCGUAUCGACAGCCUCACCAACCACUUGGUCAAGAAGUGCCAGGCCAUUCCGCUCCGUGAUCGACAGCGCGUGCUUUUGCGCCUGCAUGAACUCCCAGACCUCACCGAGGGGGACGCAAAUAAGGAUCCCAAUGCGCCCGCGGGCAAGAAGGGUGACGGUUCGUUUGGAACUCGCCCCACCUUCGACGGUCUCAAUGUGCUUGCAGAGGCGUCUCGCCAGGUGGGUGCCUCGGAUCAUACCAAACGAGGACCGGCCUAUACUCAGUCGGUGACAUCCGGGGGGAAGACGGUGGUUGUUGAUCCAGCAUUGGAGGCCGAAUUUACCGUUCAGUCUGACGUGAAGGCCGAAGACGAAAGCGUACAUGCUUGUGUCGUCUUCGAUGUAGGCAAUGGCCAGGCCACCGGUACUCCAAUUCCCGCUCUCCCAAGUCAUACUCCCGAUCACCCGACCUCCAUGUCCCCUCCGCUUGGCGACCACUCCAUGACACCGGAUUCGACUUCCAAUGCGCGCCAAUCCCAGCUUUCGUUGAUUGCGGCCUCGGCCAAUGAAAUGGUUCCUCAAGGCCUGACUCUGGACGAUGAGGGGCUGAAAAUGGGCCAGUGGAAUCAACAGCUGACCACUCAUGAACAACUCUUGUUUGACAGCCUACAGGAGCACGACCCGUCCCUGACCGCUGCCACGCAGCGCGCUGCGUCUUACCCGCGACCCAUUGCGAUGAACCCGAACAAUCAGGCGAAGGGAUUUGUCAACGACUUUGGCGACUCCAACAAGCCGGCCAAGCCCAAGGUUCGUGGCCGCUUCUCUGCCGAACGGCGUCGGGAAGUGCAAGAAGUGCGUAAGCGUGGAGCUUGCAUUCGUUGUCGAGUGCUGAGAAAACCGUGUUCCCGCGAGACUCCGUGCACCACUUGUGCCAGUGUAGAGAGUGCUCGUCUUUGGAAGCAUCCGUGCAUUCGGACCCGUUUGACUGACGAGUUCGAGCUGUACAACACAAGUGCGUUCCUCCUCAUCUAUGUUACUCUAUCCUUGAUCGAUUCAGCGGCUGACCAAAAAGCAGACCUCCACGCCACUCUUGCCUUCCAUGAUACAAAUGCCAUCAAGAAUCAGAUCAAGUUUGAGCAUUACGUGGGUCGGAUCGAAGUAACUCACUCAGAAGAGAGUAUGGUCUUCGUGGCCAUCACCGGAUUGCAAGGCCACCGAACAUCGGUCUCAGCCCUGGAUCCGCAGCUGCAGGGUCUUGGUGAGGACCAAUUCUCAGCCCCAGCUCAAGAGAUUUAUCUCCUCGACAGCGACUCGGAUGACAUCCCGAGUAAAAUGGAGGUGUACAUCAAAAAGACUGGCCAAUUUCUGAUUGAGCGUGAGGUCUCUACCUUCAUGAAGUCAACCUUGCAACUGGCUUCUGAGCUCAGUCAAAGCAAGAAGGACAGCCUUCUCGAGCGUGUCGUGGACCUCUGGGUUGCUACGCACAUUCUGGUUGACAAUGAUCUCUCCUGGAAGACGUACUGCAACCCCACUCUUCCUCCUACGUCGAUGCACUCGCUCUCGCAAGCCUCGGAUGAGGGCCGACUCCCAAUCGAGGAAGUCAACGACCCCGAGUCUUAUGCUCUGCUGUGCAGUCAAUUGCGUGCUGCCACUGAGAAGCGUGCGAUGCAGCUGAGCAAGUCGGUUUUCAAUGACCUGGAACGCCGCCUCUUGCAGCGCCAGAAGACUGGUUGGUUUGAGACAUUCCUGGUGGCUAUCAUUCUAUUGAAUUGUGUUGAGCGCAUCUGCUGGCUGUUCCGUUCUUGGGACAACGAAAACUUCGCGCAGCGCUGGCCCUUCGAGCGACGUCCGCCAUAUUACUAUUCCCAGUCCGAGCAGUUUGCUCGUAUUUUGCACAUGCUCCUUCGCAUGCGCAGCAUCCCUCCUAAGAGUGUCAUGCGUCCGGACACCAGUGUUCUCAAGGCUGUCGACGGCAGCGACGAGGCCGCCGUUCGCUGGUUUGACAUGAUCCAAGUCACUCCAUACUACCUUGAGGAGCGAACCCACGCCGUCUUUGACCCCCAGGACUCGCGCUCCCUCGACCUCCGACACGUCGCGGGCCUUCUUCUUCCCCAGCACAACUAG